AUGGCAGAGACACAUAGCAAGAACAGAACCAUGCGGUCGGUCGUUUUUGAUGGCCAGCCGUUCGAGGUUUAUGUCCGUGAUAUCCCGAAGGCAAAGGUCGUCAGGCGAACGGAUGCCGUGGUUCAGGUCACUUCAGCAGCUAUCUGCGGCUCUGACCUGCACAACUACCACGGCGUCUUUGGUAGCGACCAGGUGCCUUAUUCUAUUGGGCAUGAGGCCAUGGGUAUCGUCGAGGAAGUUGGAGCAGAUGUUGCAUCCGUGAAGAUUGGGGAUCGCGUCAUUAUACCUGACUUCCCUGAUGACGUCGGGCUGGAUCUAGAACCAACGAUUAACCCUGCAGUGGCAUUGUAUGGAGAAGGCCAUCGAUUUGGUGAUUUGGGAGGUUGCCAAGCCGAAUUUGUGCGUGUCCCACUCGCGGACAAGUCCUUGAUUGGUCUCGGUAAGGAAUUCGAUGGAAUCAAGGAUGAAGAUCUAGUUCUUCUUUCAGACAUCUUCCCUACUGCCUGGGCGGGAGUCACUUGGUCGGGCUUCGAGGCUGGAGAUACGAUCGCUAUUUUUGGGGCAGGCCCAGUCGGACUACUAGCGGCUUAUUCGGCAAUUCUCCGUGGAGCCUCUCGAGUGUAUUCCAUCGACUCUGUUGAAGAUCGACUGGAACUCGCAGCUUCUAUUGGAGCCAUUCCGAUCAACUUCACGAAGGGCGAACCGUCGGCGCAGAUUCUCGCCCGGGAACCAGGUGGCGUUCAGCGCACCGUAGACUGUGUUGGGGAGGAAUGCGUCAACGAGAACUUGAAGCCCGAUCAGUCCUUUGUUACCACACAGGCAAUCAAGUGCACCAGUGUGGGUGGUGGCUUAGCGGUUAUUGGGGUACACUUUGCUCAACCGAAUUCCCAAGGAGUUCAACGAGGAGACACCAUUUCACCAUCGAUCACCUUUCCCAUGACGCUCUUCUGGGAAAAGAACAUGACGAUUCGUGGUGGAGCAGUGGACAGCAAAUUAUAUGUUAAGCCACUGCUGGAACUGGUGAAAAGUGGCAGAGCUAAACCGGGCUUCGUCUUCUCCAGCAUUAUUGAUAUCGAAGAGGCGCCAAAGGCCUAUCGACGGUUUUCUGAUCAUUUAGAGACGAAAGUCAUGAUCAGGUUCUCCUAGAAGAAUAUACCCUAGUACCUGCGGGAUGAAGGGUACUCUCCAGAUCCGGGGGUCUGAUUGCCCCCUAUUUGAUAUUUCUGUAUGUUUCCAUUAUCAGGCUCCGUCCACAUCGCCGCAGAACCUCACCUUCACAACACACUCCGGGAAUUUGACCGACGCAUUGUUGGGGGUAGUACAGCAGGAAAUAGGGUGAGGUUCCGGGGAAAAGGCCAGAGGACCAC